GGCACUCUGGUUCUUGUGCAUGUGAAGUUGGUGUCCCCAACACUGGACCACCUGGGGAACCAGGGUUAUUUGGACCUCCAGGUCAUACAGGCCCCAAAGGAAAGAAAGGUGAACCAACUAUCAGUCGAGGAUCAAAAAUGUCAGGAGACAAAGGUGAUCCUUGUCCCCAUUUGUCCACAGUUAUGGCAGGAGCCGCAGGCAAGGAUGGAAUACCAGGUUUACCAGGUCUGCCAGGCCUUCAGGGAGAUAGUGGACCUGGAUUCCCAGGUGAAAAGGGGUCAUGAGGACUUCCUGGUAAAAAGGGUCCUGAUAGUCCAACUGGUCCCCCAGGAACUGGGCUGCCAGGACUUCCUGGGCCGCAUGGGAUUCUCUGGACCUCCUGGUUUACAUGGACUAAGUGGACUUCCAGGCACCAAGGGUACCCAUGGCACUCCAGGAGCCAGUGUCACUGGUGUGCCUGGACCUGCUGGCUUGCCUGGUCCUAAAGGGAAAAAGGGAACACCAAGAAUUGUCAUCGGAGAUCCAGGGAAACCAGGUUCAAGGGGGCAAAAAGAUGACCGAGGUUUCCGAGGCCUUCAAGGCCCUGCCGGUCCCCCCGGAGCCCCAGGCAUCUCCUUGCCCUCAGUCAUAGGACAGCCUGGUGACUCCGGGCGGCCAGGCCUAGAUGGAGAACGAGGCCGCCCAGGCAACCCUGGGCCUCCAGGUCCCCCCAGGCCAUCCUCGGAUCAAGGCGACCCUGGAGACCCUGGCUUCCCUGGAAUUGCAGGCCUUCAAGGGUCCAAGGGAAACCAAGGAUUUCCAGGUUUCUCUGGCCUCCCUGGAGAUCUAGAGCAGAAAGGCAUGAGAGGAGAGGCUGGCUUCAUGGGGACUCCAGGCAAGUUUGGGCCACCAGGAGACCCAGGAUUUCCUGGAAUGAAAGGGAAGGGAAGCCUGAUUGUGCCAUUUCCUCACCUGCCCCCAGGCUUUCCUGGCCCCCAGGGUACUCCUGGACAUACACCAGUUGCUGAAGCUGUCCAGGUUCAUCCUGGACCCUUGGGCCUGCCAGACAUCGAUGGCAUCCCUGGUCUCACAGGGGAGCCUGGGAUUCAAGGCCCUGUGUGUCUGCAAGGCUCCAAAGGUCUACCUGGCAUCCCUGGAAAGGAUGGCCCCAGUGGGCUUCCAGGCCCACCUGGUACCCUUGGUGAUCCUGGUCUCCCCAAACUACAAGGCCCACCAGGAUUUGAAGGAGCUCCAGGGCAGCAGGGCCCCUUUAGGAGGCCUGGAGUGCCUGGGCACAGUGUGAGAGUGGGCUACACACUGGUGAAGCACAGUCAGUCAGAACAGGUGCCCCUGUGCCCCAUCGGGAUGAGCCGGCUGUGGGUGGGUUACAGCUUGCUGUUCAUGGAGGGACAGGAGAAAGCCCAUAACCAGGACCUGGGAUUUGCUGUCUCCUGCCUACCCCGCUUCAGCACCAUGCCCUUCAUCUAUUGCAAUAUCAAUGAAGUCUGCCACUAUGCCAGACGCAAUGAUAAAUCCUACUGGCUCUCCACUACUGCCCCCAUUGCCAUGAUGCCUGUGGGCCAGACCCAGAUUCCCCACUACAUCAGCCGCUGCUCUGUAUGUGAAGCACCCUCACAAGCCAUUGCUGUGCACAGCCAGGACGUCACCACUCCCCUGUGCCCUCUGGGCUGGCGCAGCCUCUGGAUUGGGUACUCCUUCCUCAUGGUGAGGCCCUGCAGCACUCCUCCCUCAGUGGCAAAACUGAAUCAGGGGGUAGGAGAGAAGAGCUAG